GCUGCUGCGGACAGCCCCUCUGUGGUCAGGCCAGGUGUCAGCUGGGAGGCUCCGCGUGGAACAGCGGCGGGGCCAUGUGAUCCCGGCCGCUCCCUGGUCGGGAGGCGCUGCGGGGAGGAGGCAGGCGGAGCCGGGCCGGCGCUGCGGCGGUGGAGCGCGUUGGCCGCUGUCUGGGCGCUGCACAGAUAUUAGACUAUGUCUGUGGUUUUGGUACUGCUGUGUCAGCUGCCAGUAAUGUUUGCAUUUCCCCAUUGCAUAAGAAGAUUAAAGCAUACAAGGAAGCAAGUGUUUAUGUCAGAAAAAGGAGCCAAUUUGUUCAUUGGACGACAUCUUCUGUAUAACAGAUUUGAUUUUGAAGCAUUUACUCCUGGUAAUCUAGAAAGAGAAUGCUAUGAAGAGACAUGCAAUUAUGAAGAAGCAAGAGAAAUUUUUGAAGACCCUGCUAAAACGAUGAAUUUUUGGAAAGAAUAUUCCAUUAAGGGACCCGGCACAAAAACUGAUGGUGAAACUCUACAGAAAAUUGAUGUUACAGGACUUCUGACUGGCCUAGUUGCAGUUGGUGUGGUGUUGGUUAUAACUGGAUUACUUAUUUAUUAUUUCUGCAAAAACAGAUGCAAACCAAGACAACAAUCAGGGUACUCUGACAGUGUAAGAAGUAGAAGAAGUUCAUCUAUCUUCAGAAGACAUGACGAAGUUUCUUUAAAUCCACUCCCUCUAAGAACAAAUGAGUCAGGACUUCCAACUUAUGAAGAAGCAGUGACAUUAGGUGGAAAAUAUGAUGCCCCACCACCACCAUAUCCAGGGCCUGCAAAAGAACUUAAGGUGCUUAAAAAGUCGGUGUCACUUCCUGCCCCUUAAUCCCAAACUUGACUCUGGUGGAGUAGGGAAUGAAUCUUCAUUGAAAGAUGUACAUUUGAAAAGAUGCAGUACCUUACAAGACAAUUUUCACAAAUGUGAAAGGCCUACAGAUCUUCAGCGCAGCUAGAAGCAAGUGAAUUCUUUCAUACUAGAAAGGAAGAAAUUGUUUUACAAAGGUUUGAUGUAUUUUUCUUGCAUGAAGCUUGUUCAUACAGGUUUUUGGUGCAAGAACUGAACCAUGCAUAAAGGUACAAAUUUCUAUGAGCGUCCAUGCAUUUUGAGCCAAUAUCAAAUUAUUGAUAUUCCAUUACUAGUUUUACUGGCUAUUUGUUCAGAAGGUCACACUUGCUUAUGGCCUUUGGCAAGUCACCUAACUCCUCACCCCGUGUGUUAUACAUUUUGUAGAUUGAAAAGUAUAAUACUUAGCUUAGGAUGAUGUUUUUGUUUAAUUCAUUGCCAUUUAUACUUCAGGAGUGUUUGAGAGUCAUUUGGAAGAGUGCCAUAGAUAAUUUUCAAUUGCUGAAGCUUCAAAGAUGCAUCUCAAUUUGUGUAGUAGAUCAGCUGAUACAUGAAGUGCUGAGCUAGGUCUCAUGGCUUAACCACAAGUAGGAAUGUGAAAGGUUAGCUGGUGGGGGCUGGUGCAGCUCCCCACCUGAAGUGGGAAGGGGGCUGCUCCAGUCCCGCAGGGGACCCACCAUGGACAAGGCUGCUCUGGACAUCCAGAGCAGCCCCUGUCUGGGGUGGGCCGGGCACCCUGUAGGCAGGGGCUCUGGCCAGGCUGGAGAAGUCUCUGCAUGUGGUGAGGGAGAGGGGUGCUCCAGCCUGGCCUUGUGGUGGGGGGGAGCCUGCUCCAGCUUGUGCCCCUUUUCAUUGGUUAACCAGUUAAACAUAAUGUUUAACCAGUUAACAGUUAAACUGCAUUUAAAUACCUAAUCACAAGGAGGGUGUAAACCAGACAGGGCCAACCUUAGGGAAAAUGGUGCCCUGGGCAAACUUACAUUUUGGCGCCCCCGUACUCCCUACUCUGGGCAUGGUGCCUCCUCCUCCCUCCCGCCCCCAUUUCCCUUGGAUGCUGCUCAGUCCUUUGCUCCCCUGAGUGCAGGGCUAUUCUCUCUCCCCCUUGCAAAGGGAGUUGUCGCAGUCCUUGGCCAAGCCCUUCCUGUAGAGCUACAUGGGGAAUGGAUUAUUUUAGAUUACAUAUUUUCCCCAAGAUACACGUAAAAGGUGGCUGCUGGUUUUGAAUGACAUCAGGUUGUGAAAUGAAACAGCAGGUGAAAAACCUGAGUGGGCCACUUGCCUUUCAGUGGUUUCUUCCUUCACAGUCUGAGCUGCUCUGCAGAAGCCCUGGCAGCUCCCUUGCUGCGCAGCCCUUGGCCUGCAGUUCCUGGCGAGCUCCAUGCUGUCAGAUGGGCGCUGCAUCUUGCCCAUGGCCCUCCUGCAGUCUUCUGGUCACUCCUGACUCACCGGGGAGGGCCAGUUCAGAUUGUGGUGGGGCUGGGUUUAACUGAUUCCAGAGGAUACUUAGGCACCUGAAAUCUCCAGGGUUUAUUGGGUUUUGUUUUGUUUUUAAAAAAACCAACCCUUAGCUGAUUUCACAGUACACAGAAAUCUUGAAAUAUUUCCAUCAGUAAUAAUUAAAUUAGUUACAGGUAGGGAGAGCAAGAAAAAUGCUGCUUGAGAACUUGUUAGUUAAAAUUUAGCGAUAUAAACUUCUGAACUGAGCUUGUUACAAAUGGACAAAUGAAUGAAUAGUUAAAUCAACAAAUCAUGUCUGGUGUUAGGAUAUUUAUUUUAUAGAUAUUGGCAUGUGAUAUGGUGGUUUUGGCUGUUUUGUUGUAGUCAUGUUGGUGCCCAGGUGAGAGCCACAAGGGGAGUGAAGUAAUAUCUUUAAUUGGACCAAAUAUGGUUGGUGACAGAGACACCCUUUGGAACUCCUCAGAGCUCUUCUCCAGGUCUGCAAAGUUCAAAAGGGCUAAUCUCUCACCAACCAAAACUGUUUAAAAAAAAA